AUGCAGACAGGACAUCCGUAUAAAUCAAACAUCUAUCAUUUUUGCUUACUUUGUGGCUUGGCAGGAGUGAGUUUCGCUGAUUGUCCGAUCCUGGUAAAAAGUCCAUAUUUUGUCUUUCUUUCUUUCUUUCUUUCUUUCUUUCUUUCUUUCUUUCUUUCAUUUUUCUUUUUUCUUUCUUUCUUUUGUUCUCUCUUUCUAUAUUACGUUCUUUCUUUCUUUUUUCUUUUUUCUUUUUCUUUCUUUUUUCUUUCUUUCUUUCUCUCUUUCUUUCUAUAUUACGAUUCUUUCCAAAAUAUUCCCUACUUUAAACCUCGUUUUUUCAAUUACAUCUUUUCCAUUAACAUUUACCUCCCUUUUCAUCCCUUAUUUUCUUUAUUUUUCACUGACGUACAUCUUUCUCUUUUAUACGCCUUUCUUCUGUCACCGCUUUCUUUCUUUAAGCCCAGUAACUGCUCACUAUAA